AUGCAUAGCCCUGGUGGCACCCAACAUGGUCUGCCUCCAGUCACGUCAUUUCCCCAUUGCCAGUUUGUUCACCUGUCUUCACCAGAGGAGCCAGAUACCAAAGAAAGUGAUAUUCGUGCAAUCCUAAUUAAUAGCGAUCCGGGUGAAUGUAAUAAUAACAUUUCACUAUAUUUCAAGCAUGUGGUGGAUGCCUCGGUUAGCUCGGACGACACUUGUGAUAAGCGAAACUACCACAAGUUGUCUGUGUUUGCAUUGAAGUUACUCAAUCUGAACUUGUUCUCCAAAAAUUACAGUUUGUGUUUGGGCAAAAUCUUGAGCCUUCUUACCGUUUUUACCGAAGUGGAAGAUACUUCCAACGGUGGUGAAGUCAAUUGCAUUAAGGAGUUUGCAUGUGUUUGUCUUUUACUCCUUCUAAAAAUGAAAAACGAGUCACAAGAGUCCUCUUCGAAAAAUGAUUCUCUUCUGCUCAUUAAUAUCGAUGUCCUAUUUACUGUUUUGCGGAAGUUGAAUCUUGUCACCAUUUUGUCGCGCUUCAUAGCCUGUCAUAUCCGAUCCUUGGAUGAAGUUGUGACGUCGUCGUCAUAUAUACUCUUGAAAUUUGCAUGCGACAUAAUAUUUGAGUAUCUCUACUAUUGGGAGCUUUUAUCGGAUGAUGAGUUUUUCUCGCUUACGGUCGAAACUGCAUUGGUGCCUGUUUUAAUAACCCACCUACUUUCCCAUAAUAAGUUUUCUGAUUCUGAUGACAGGGAAGGUGAAUGGGAGGAUGAAGCGAAUCUUAUGGCCUACGAGGAACUUAAACUCUUACUUAUUGUAAAUGAGCAGUACCUCAUGAAGUCUUAUUAUACUGAUACAAUCACGAAUCAGGUGUUCAAUGGCUUACUUUUACAUGGCGACUCUCAAUUGGAUACUCAAGUGAGAAUUGCAAAUUUCAUCAACUUGUUGGUUUAUCACAUUAAUCGUGAAGAAUCGUCGAUAGUCAAGAUUCUCAUUCUCAAGUUCUUAUACUUGGUAUUCACAACUUCUUACACUACGAAGCUUGUGUACCUUAACGAUUUGAAGAUCCUCGUGGAUAUUUUCAUAAGAGAGCUCAAUAACCUUGACUAUUCUGACGAUAUAGGUCAGGAAAACAGAGUCCUUAUAAUCACCUAUUUAAAGGUUCUUCGCCCACUUUUAACCUUCUCACAAAUAAGUGAAUCAGGAUACAAGAACGAAGAGAUUAUUGAGCUUUUGAGAAACUUGAUCUCUAACUCCACCGCUGGAUCGGUAGAGGCAGAUUCGCCUAGAAGUCAUCAAGUACAAACCAUUGCAAAGUUAGCCAUGAAAUGUUUGGCUAUUCCAUGGUUAAAAACAAAGAAAGCUACAGAUGUAACACCGGUCAAAAGAUCAACUUCGGCCUCUUCUUUGAGUCUGCUUGCUGAAAACAUGUCGAUAGACCCAGAAGAUGAUCCAUUUGCAAGAGUUGCAUCGGUGAGAACUUCCACACACGCAGACUAUCAUAAACACACAACCUCUCACAAUAAUGAAGACGUUCAAAGGUCGCAAAUCAUUGCGAACAAUGGUAAUGUAUUUUUAUCAGCAGCGGAUAAAACGCUAAAUUCGGGACACACGGUAGGUACCAAUUACUCUGAUACUCUGAAGCUUUUAGAUUUACCAAAGGAAUUUCUACAGAAGCAUGGGGACCGGCCGAUGUCGCCUUUCACCUCUGACCUACGUUUCGUGGAGUCCAGAAAUUCAUCGUCGUCUUCGAUCGCAUCAGCCUCGCUGGUGACAAUGAAGGGCAAAAAGAAAAAGGCCCCUCCGCCGCCUAAUCUUAAAAUUCUGAGUAUGUCUCCACCUCCGCCUCCACCUCCCAGAAGAAGACGCUAA